AUGGAUCUUAUCGAUAACGAUAUAAGGCAGUGGAGUGCCGAAGAAAUAAAGGAGCAGUUUGGGGAUAAUUUGACAUUGUUGCCUUUGAAUGAUAACAUUAAGGAAUUGCAAACGAUCUUGAGAGACAAAAAUACAUCCCGCAGUGAUUUCAAGUUCUACGCAGACCGGCUUAUUCGUCUUGUGAUUGAGGAAAGUUUAAACAAACUGCCAUUCACUGAUUGUGAAGUUAUUACUCCGACAGGAGCUCUGUAUAAAGGUCUCAAAUAUGGGGCUGGAAACUGUGGCGUGUCUAUUGUCAGAUCAGGCGAAGCUAUGGAACAGGGUCUCCGUGACUGUUGUCGGUCGAUUCGUAUCGGCAAGAUUCUGGUGGAAAGCGACACAGACACGCACGAAGCGCACGUGGUGUACGCUAAGUUUCCCGAGGAUAUAGCCAGGAGACAAGUACUACUGAUGUACCCUAUUAUGUCCACUGGGAACACAGUCAAACAGGCGGUUAAUGUUCUAACCCAACAUGGCGUUAAAGAAGAUCGCAUUAUCCUGUCCAACUUGUUCUGUACCCCGGCUGCAGCGCAGGCCGUGGUAGACUAUGUGCCCAAAAUGAAGAUACUCACCUCUGAGCUGCACCCCGUGGCCCCAAACCACUUCGGACAGAAGUACUUUGGAACUGACUGA